GGCUCAAACGAAAACAAAGCCUUGUAUAGGGCGGUGUGGAAGAAAACAGCUGUAAUCGGUAGUCUGUUUUCUUCGCCUGAACAAAAUUUCCCUUACCCUUUAAAAAGGAAACAUUCCAAAUGCGUACUUCCACUGUCUAGAACGUCACAAAUCAAAGCAGCUACGAGACAGUUCGAACGAGCGCGCGCUUGUGUGUGUGUUAUAUGUACAUACAUCUUCAAGGGCUGCUACGCAAUGGUCCGUUUUCUUUAUGUGUCAAUAUUUGCACCUCAAGAGCACCACCGCGCUCUGCGCUUUGUUAUGGAAGGUUGAUGUCGAGGAGGGUUAAAAGGGCCUUCAGCUGAAUAACAACAGCAACAAACCACUCAGCUGUGUACCACGCGAAGGGUGAUGCGCGCAACAAUGAGCUCAAUUUCUUUGCAAAAUAGUGAUCACGGUGAUGAUGAUCACAGCAAAAAGGUGAUAACAUUCCACCAGCCUUCCAUGGCAAUGUGUCACACAGCUUAAAGAGGAAGUGAUAGCCAACAACCGAAACACACACACACACACACACACACAGAGCACAUCGUAAUUAAUGUAGGGCGGUUGAUUCAUCCGACAUGCAUCACGGAACUGGUUGGUUGGAAACAACCGACUAAUCUGAACCACUUCUAAAACAUGCAGAAGAAGUCAAAAAAACACGGAAACAAAGCAAAUGUGCAGCAGAAAAACAAAAGUAAAAUGCAUCACCAGCGGGAUAACAGAACCACGUUAUCGUUGAUAGUGCAAUCGUUAACAUAUUGUAAGCAGUAAGGCAAAAACUUACGUUAAAGUGUGCAUUUUAAGAUGGCUACCAGGAAAAAGGCACUUCUGAAGGUGAUCGUGCUCGGCGAUAGCAGCGUGGGAAAGACGUCCCUGAUGAACCAGUACGUGAACAAGCGCUUCUCGAACCAAUACAAGGCAACGAUCGGGGCCGAUUUCCUCACGAAGGAAGUGGUGAUCGAUGAGCGAGUGGUUACGAUGCAGAUCUGGGACACGGCCGGACAGGAACGUUUCCAAUCGCUCGGUGUGGCGUUCUACCGUGGGGCGGAUUGCUGCGUGCUAGUGUACGAUACGACCGCACCGAAUACGUUUAAAAAUCUCGAAUCCUGGAGAGAUGAGUUUUUAAUUCAAGCUAGCCCACGCGAUCCGGACCACUUUCCGUUCGUUGUGCUGGGAAACAAAAUUGAUUUGGAAAAUCGAGCAGUAUCUACCAAACGUGCUCAGCAGUGGUGCCAGACGAAGAACGACAUACCGUACUUUGAAACAUCCGCCAAGGAAGGUAUUAACGUGGAUCUAGCUUUCCAAACCAUUGCCAAAAAUGCAAUAGCCCAAGAAACAGAGGCUGAUCUUUACAACGAUUUCCCCGAUCAGAUCAAGCUGAACACACGCGACAGUCGGCCACGAAGCGGAGACAACUGCUCGUGCUAAUAUUAUCGAAUUAGUAAAAUUGACCGCCCUCCUUCUGACCCCACAACAGCAACAGCAGCAACCACCACCAACACAUACGAGACGGACAGUGGUGCAUUCGUUGGCGCCCUCAACAAUAGUAGCAACAGCAGCAGCUUUAGCAGAAGUAGCAGCUGUAACAGCAGCAGCGAAAUCAGUGAAAGCAACAGCGAUGUCAGCAGCAGCAUCAAUAGCAAUAGUAACGACCAUGACGGCGGUUGUACUACCGCAACGGACGAUACCAUCCUUCGCAGAUGAAACCGACCCAAAAGCAACAACGCUCCGACACAGAAGGUAGAUGAUGGUUUACAGGCAAAGAACAGUCCCGUUCUGCAAAACGGGUGCAAAGGCAUAAUGGCAUAGCCUGCAACUUGUAGCAUAUAGUACACAUCAGGCUUAAAAACUAACUUCCCGGAGUAGUUUUAGUAUGUUCUGUUUCUUUCUCCCUUGUUUUGCCGCCACCGUUUCGUGUUAUUCACUAGCAAAGCAAAAUGAGAUAGUUGAUAUGCAGACGGUAGCAACAAAAACAAAGGCAUCACAUUUCGGAUGGAUGGACAAGAUAGCAGUAAGAUAGAGAGAGGAAACAAACACACUACACGUGGGUGGAAAUUCGAACGAGAGGCUGCAAUCCGCAAUAAGCAUACAGAUUGAUAUCGGGAUCGGGAUAUUUGUUUUUGUUUCGUUUUACCGUACUAUUCACAGAAGAAAAAGAAAAUUUAUUCUAAAAGUGAUGUUCUGCACUAGCAAAAGCUUGCUGGUGGUGUUAGCUGAACAAGAACAGGAUGGAGAGAAUUUGUGUUAAGCCCUUUUUGGAAGCAUUGGAAGCACACAUAGCCACUGAUAAACGAACAAACAAACACACGUACACACAGUAAUGUUAUCUUCCAAUAUGACUCCCGUAAAAUGGCUCGAAAGAGAUGAAUAAACAGUCUGUCUAACGCUCAUCUCAUCAUCUAUAGGAUUAGCUUCGCUUACUUAGAACACGCACCAACAGAUAACGGAGCGCAGAUCAGAUAGAUACGUCGCUUGCAAAUGAGUGUUUUGUGUGGGUGGGUGUUUGUGUUUAGUGUGUUGUGUAAAUUUUCCUAAAAAUAUUGAAGGAUAGUCCCGUUUUGACUUUUUUUGUUUUGUUUUGUAUUGGGCAGAAAGGUAGGAGAACCAUAGGAAGACACGUUUGCAUUGUUACAGACUAGCUAAAUUAUGCAUGAUCGCGCAUGAUCCAUAUGGGAACCGCUCCAGCACGAAAAUACGAUACCAUCCCCAGUAUAGACAGGUAGCAAGGAUGCAAACGACAACGGAUGUUAACGGUUUACCGUGCAAACGACACCUGUAGAGGACACGUACUACUGGGUGUCUGGGUGGGUGAUCGGUUCGGUUGAUCGUGCAGACAGGCAGAAAGCUGGUGGCUGGUGGAACGAAUAUAGGUGAAAAGGUGUAGAAAUAAUAACGCCGUAAUUGAUAAUUCUAUCGAAAACCUUAUACAUAUUACAUAUAUAGUAAAGAAGAAAAUUAUAUCUCAUAGAGAAAAACAGAUACAAUAUUAGCGGAAGUAUGAUUUUUCAUCGUCUAAUAACGCA